AGCGCGGAAGCGGAAAGCGAAGGGGUCCCUCUGCCGCUGGGCGGCCCUGCGGGGAGGCGGAGCUGCUAGGCGGGGCGGGCUCCGAAGUCCCCGGCAGCGGCAGGCUCAGAAAGCGAGAGGGAGCCAGGCGGGUAGCAGACGGAGAAUGGCAGCGGCAGCAGAGGCGCACAGGGUGCUGGUGUAUGGAGGCAGAGGGGCCCUGGGAGCCAAAUGUGUGCAGUAUUUCAGAGCCAAGCACUGGUGGGUUGCCAGCAUUGACCUAGCAGAAAAUGAAGAAGCUAAUGCCAGCGUUGUUGUGAAAAUGACCGACUCUUUCACUGAGCAAGCAGAUCAGGUGACAGCAGAUGUUGAAAAACUUCUGGGUGAACAGAAGGUGGAUGCUAUCCUGUGUGUAGCUGGAGGAUGGGCAGGUGGCAGUGCAAAAGCUAAAUCUUUAUACAAAAAUUCUGACCUGAUGUGGAAACAGAGUGUUUGGACAUCAACUAUUUCCAGUCACUUAGCCACAAAACAUCUGAAAGAAGGAGGCUUGUUGACUCUGACUGGAGCAAAAGCUGCUUUGGCUGGAACUCCAGGGAUGGUUGGGUAUGGCAUGGCAAAAGGAGCAGUACAUCAGCUUUGUCAGAGUCUAGCUGGUGCAAACAGUGGCUUGCCAUCUGGAUCUACUGCUCUUGCUGUUCUACCGGUUACUUUGGAUACACCAGUUAACAGGAAAUCAAUGCCUGAUGCAGAUUUCAGCUCCUGGACACCCCUAGAAUUCCUUGCUGAAACCUUUUAUGAUUGGAUCACAGGGAAGAACAGACCAAGCUCAGGCAGCCUAAUCCAGGUGGUAACCACAGGAGGGAAGACAGAACUAGCUGCUGCACAUCUUUGAGACUGAUCAGUGUGAUUGUGAAAACAAGGCAAUUGAGAAGGUUGUAACAUUCUAGUCAAGUUUGGGUGGUCUUCAGUAUCCAGUGAUUCUAUUAUCUUGUUUGUGAAACAAGAUGUUGACUAAUGUUUCUCUGUUCUUAGAUGCAAGCUACAUUCCUUUACCAAAAGGUAUCCAUUAUCUUCGAUAUAUAUAUCAAGGCUAUAGAUUUUAAAAUCUGCAAAUAUCCUUAUCUUGAGCAUUCUCUUUGGGGCUACCUCUGUUCUUUAAAAUAAGGCAAACAGUGGUGGCUGUGUAUCAGAAAUUGUGCUUAAUGAUGUGAUGUACCUACAUAUAUAACUGUCUAGUUCUGUCUCAGUUGUCUUUUGGGCAACUGUUUUUUUGUCCAUUUCAGCAAUAUCUUUGUCUUCUAAUAUCCUAAUUCUAGUUUUUUUUGUUGGACAUAGAUAUAAAAUAAAAUCACUGCAGCCCUAUGGAAAGCCCAAUCCUGCUACCCCUUUUCCUAUUAGUAUGCUAUACUGAUUCAUUGGAGCCAGUGGGACUAAAUAAAGAUUACUUGCACAGGAUGGGGUUGCGAGAUUAGAGCCCUUAAAUUGCCUUAAAGCUUUCAAAAGGGCUGUCAGCCCAACAAUUGUUGUGUGUUUUCUGUCACAAAUAACUGAUUUAUUAUAUUAUAAAUGUGUCUUGUGUAACUCCUGAUGGCUCUUUACUGUCUGAAGGAGAAAAAGUGCCCUAGGAAAUAGAAAUAGAACACCAAGACUAAUGUUAGAGGAUUUUGUGCUAAAUAAAUAUAUAUUG